AUGGUGACCGGAGAGGACAAGACAUCCGUUGACUCGUUUGAUGUCGAUCCAUGGGAUGAACCAUCGACAUCAAACACACAUCAACUCACGGCCAUCCGCGUCAAACAAGAGGCAAUGAAGUCACAAAUUGAGACCCAAAUGCCCGAUUCAGUGGACUCACCCUCGAUGAGCAUGCAGGCAGAAAGGGCAUCACCCGUUGAAGAUUUCGAGAACGAGCCACAAAUUACUAGUCCACCAGCUAAACGACCGCAAAAUCGGGGCUUUCUACAGGUGAAAACGUUCGUUUUCUUUGAUUUGGAGACAACUGGGUUGAUUUUGGAACCACCAUCCAUCGAAGGUUCGAUCACCGAACGAGGCCAAGCCACCGCGGGUUUGGAGCGUUUCAUACGAGAGACCUCACUGCACAGUUAUCCGCACGUCACCGAACUUGCGAUGGUGGCCGUUGAUCGAGACAUUUUGAAGUCGGCGAUGCAUCGAAUGAGCGACAAGGAUCAUACGUUAAGGAAUAAUGGUGAGUUGAAAUCACGACGCGUCUCCCUCCCGUGCUCAGUGCAUUCGCGUCUUAUCAAACCCAUCUUAACCGAAGCUGAAUGGAUCGAAUUGGAAAACAAACGAAAAGAAAAGCCUUUUGUUUUUCAUAUUGGCAGAUUUGAAAUGGAACGCCAACGAACGUUUCUCGAUGAGUGGCUGGGAAUUCGAAUCUUUUUGCAAGGACUACCAAAACCUGCGUGUUUAGUUGCUCAUAAUGGACUUAAAUUCGAUUUCCCAAUCCUCUUUGGAGAAUUGCUAAGGAAUCAUGUUAUAAACGAUGCCAUUCCGUCAGAGGUCUAUUUCCUCGAUUCGUUGCUAGCUUUUCGAUCUAUUGAUGAUGCGAUUUACACGGAGAUGCGCUCGUUGAUUUCAGCACUUGAUUGGAAAAUGAGUUUGUUUAAUGGAAAUUCGAAAGUUUUUGAGCAAAUUCCCGUUCAAAAAGCUCCAGCGAAACAAGUACAGGUCACAACGGCUCGUACAACAGAAGAUCGCGAUUUGUUUGAAGAAAGUCCACAAUCGGCGAGCCAUACGCUUGCUCCGAUGGAGAGUUAUGAGAUGAAAACUCCGGAAAGACCACCGCCAACACGAAACUCGUUGAGUGAACCGUCAAAAUUAACAGCACGUCGAUCUCUCUUUUCGCCGAAUGCGAAAGCCGUUCAAUCACCAACAAGCUGUUCGGAAGCAAACGUUGAAGAAGUCCCCGUCGAUCACCCUCUACUCUACCUUAACUCAGAACAAUGGUCUCCGUCGAAGAAAAAUCGAGAGCUGAGCAAGUACUUUUUAAAGACAAGUAAUGGCAAAUGGGAAUUUGACAAGAACGCGGCGAUGAGCGAUUCACGGGUCCGAGGCAGCUACAAACUUGAGAACUUGUAUAGCAAGAACAUCCACGACACGUACGAUGCACACUCGGCCGAGCCUGAUUGCCACGCGCUUGCACAGGUUUGUCUUUCUUACGGUGAAGCUUUCGUCAAUUAUGCCGACAAAAUGGCUGCAACUUUCCCAUUC